AUGUUUUGCAACAGUUUCCCAGGAUGCCCGACAUACGAUCAAUUUGAAAGCAUCCUUGUUCUACGUGACAACGAACAAAAGAUGGAAGAUUUGCGCAAACGUAUAAGCGAAGCUAAGCAAGAGAACGUCAGACUCCAACGCGAAUUAGCUCAGACCAGGCCACAUAGGUCAAAGGCAGCUCUUGGAGAGCCAGGCCGCACAUCAUAUUCGAAACCAAGGCAGCAAAAAGCACCUCUUCGAAGAAGCUUAUAUCCCACGCCAACGAGGAAAAAGGUCACUGUGGCUCAUGACGACACAACUACAUCUGAGUCCUUUGUCGACACACCGUCGAACAAAGCUAUCACAUCUUCCAAGAUUCCUCAACCGUCUCUGCAAAGCGGGACGGGACCUAAUCUUGAUCAACCUCCUCGCUAUAUGAGGGGGCUUUUUGACAAGACACUCUCCACGAAUGUCGGUAGUGGUGUUCACCGUAAAAGUGACAAACUGUCAAGCACAGCGUCUGCCCACCAGAGAAGGAGGCCAGCAGUGAAACAAAGACCGCCAUUCCGUUGA